CAGUUGGGAAUGGAUCAUUCUCCGAAAAUCCAACCAAAAUUUUGCUUUGUUUUGACAAUAGUAAUUAAUUGGCUGCUGUCCAAAAGCAUUCAUCGUUGUUUGCAUCGUCACUUGGCAAUCUCGCCCAUCCAACAAGUCGCGACCUGUAGAACAGGCCUAGUACUCCACACAUGUCAACAUGCAUCCUGACGCCGGUCAUUACCAUUUAUACUACAUAUAAGGGCAAGGAGUUGAGGUAAUUCAGUGCACCAAUUUCUCAAGUUUCUCUAGCAAAGAUGGAGAACAAAAAUUCAAUGCCCCUGCAAAUGAUGGUCAUUAUCUUCUUUGUUAGUCUCAUUCUUAUCUUUAAUUUCGGUUCAGCAGUUGCGCAAGAAGUCCAGAGUUCAGCAACAGCCUUGGAAACUUUCAUUGUCCAUGUCAAGAAACCAGAAGAUGGAAGCUUGUUAGACAAUUGGCAUAAUUCAUUCAUACCGGCCAACCGUGUGGUUUAUUCUUAUCGACAUGUAAUCUCUGGAUUUGCUGCAAAGCUCACAGCAGAGGAAGUAGAGGCCAUGAAACAAAAGGAAGGAUUCAUAUCUGCCCGUCCUCAGAGGAGAUAUUCUCUACACACCACUCACAGUCCAAGCUUCUUGGGGUUGCACCAGAAUUUUGGCAUGUGGAAGCAAUCGAAGUAUGGUGAGAGAGUAAUAAUUGGAGUCUUCGAUACCGGAGUAACAACUGGUCACCCAUCAUUCAGCGAUGAAGGAAUGCCUCCGCCACCGACUAAAUGGAAAGGGAAAUGUGAGUUUCCUACGGGAUGCAAUAACAAGCUGAUUGGCGCAAGAAAUUUUGUUAGUGAUUCCGCAGGUCAGCCACCAGUGGAUGACGAUGGUCACGGGACCCACACGUCGAGCACAGCUACAGGAAACUUUGUGCAGGAUGCCAAUGUGUUUGGUAAUGCUAAUGGUACGGCUGUGGGGAUGGCGCCUUUGGCUCACUUGGCAAUGUACAAGGUUUGCGGAGUUACUUGUUUGGAUACUGACAUAUUGGCCGCCAUGGAUGCUGCCAUUGAUGAUGGAGUUGACGUUCUCUCGCUCUCUCUUGGUGGUGCUUCCGUUCCUUUCUAUGCAGAUUCAGUUGCUCUGGGUGCAUUUGCUGCUAUUCAGAAGGGAAUUUUUGUGAGUUGUUCAGCCGCAAAUGGUGGUCCUGGAAAUUUCACUUUAUCAAAUGAGGCCCCUUGGAUUCUAACAGUAGGAGCAAGCACAAUUGAUAGGACCAUUCUAGCAACAGCAAAGCUUGGAAAUGGACAUACAUUUGAUGGCGAAUCUCUUUUCCAGCCUAAUUUUACUGCGAUGCCUCCCCUUGUUUAUGCAGGUGCAUAUGGUGAUGCGUCAUCCUCUGCAUUCUGUGCCUCAGGAUCAUUGAAAAAUGCAAGCAUUCAAGGCAAGGUUGUGUUGUGUGAGAGAGGAGGUGGGGUGGCACGAAUUGCAAAAGGCCAGGAAGUGAAGGACAAUGGUGGUGCUGCGAUGAUUCUCAUGAAUCAAGAGCCUGAUGGCUAUAGUACAUUAGCCGAUGCUCAUGUACUUCCAGCAACACAUGUGAGUUAUGCAGCAGGGGUGAGCAUCAAAGCCUACAUAAAGUCUUCUUCAAGUCCAACAGCUACAAUCCUUUUUGAGGGUACUCAGAUUGGGAAGACAUCUGCUCCUGAGGUUUCUUCUUUCUCCUCUAGAGGUCCUAAUUUGCAGAGUCCCGGGAUCCUGAAACCGGAUAUCAUUGGCCCUGGUGUGAGCAUCCUGGCUGCCUGGCCGGUUUCUGUUGAAAAUGAAACAGACGCAAAAUCAACAUUCAACAUGAUUUCAGGCACCUCAAUGUCAUGCCCUCACCUCAGUGGCAUUGCUGCUGUGCUGAAGAGCUCCCAUCCGGACUGGUCUCCGGCUGCUAUUAAAUCUGCAAUCAUGACUACAGCUGAUCUAGUAAACCUUGAAGGCAGCCCAAUCGUUGAUCAGACUAAUCUCCCAGCUGAUAUUUUUGCAACCGGUGCAGGCCAUGUUAACCCUUCAAGAGCAAACGAUCCAGGGCUUAUCUAUGAUAUCCAACCUGAUGACUACAUUCCUUACUUGUGCGGUUUGAAUUACACCGACAAAGAGGUAGAAUCCAUAGUCUCCCGGCCCGUGACAUGCGCCAACAUAUCAGCAAUACCUGACGCAGAACUAAACUACCCUUCAUUUUCUAUAUUAUUGGGGGAGUCUAGUAUCCAGGAAUACACAAGAACAGUGACAAACGUUGGCCUGGCCUACUCAUCCUACACUGCUGAGCUUGUUACGCCAGAGGGAGUGUCUGUUGCUUUAUCCUCGAAUCAUAUUACCUUCUCGGAGGUGAACCAGAAGGUAACUUACAGUGUGCAAUUCAGAAGAAAACCGAACAUUAACUUGACAUUUUCCCAGGGACAUCUCAAAUGGGUUUCUCCUCAGUAUAACGUUACGAGUCCGAUUGUUAUCAUCUUUGAAUGAGGAAUACUUGGGGCAGCAGAAGCUUGGACUAGUAUUUUUCCGUUCAGGAGUUUAAAAGUCAUUUCUGGAAAAGUUAAGAGUGCUUAAUCAACAAUUUAGCCGGAAUAAGCCACUGAAACAUACAGCGCUUGAUAUCUUAUUAUCAAUAAAGGUUGUCUAAUGAA